AUGUUCGACGACUUUCUCGCACUCACAACCACCCUCAUCCACUCGGGUCACGAACAGCCCCCCACCGACAGCGCGAGUUCGGAUUCCGCGACAGACAGCAUGCCUCCUCGAAGCCGACACUCCAAGUCCGCCAGUGUUGCAUCCAGUAGUGACGCCACUACUGCUGUCAAAGGAUCAGACUCUGUCAAUGGCGACAUGCUCCCUCCUGCAAAUACAACAAAAACAGCAGCGCGCAAACGACGUGCUUCGCGCUCAACCGCAUCUCCUCCUACCUCUCCCGUUGUUGUGAUUCCGGCCACAAAAAAGCUCGACAGCCCCCCUGCGUCACACGAGCAGCAUCAAUACGCGAAAUUUGCGGGGGUAGCCAUUCUUAGCAUAUUUCUGGAAGCUGGUCUCCAGACAGCUGCCUCUACGGUUGGAGUAGGUGAUCUAAAGGCCAUUUCAAAAAUAGCCGAUGCAUGGCCCGAAAUAAUAGGGUUAUUGGCCUGGAAGAUUCUGAAGUUGGGGAUAUAUUGGACAGCGGGUUUUGACGCAUACGAUGUCGCGUCUUUGACGCUGCUCAUCUCAACCCCGGAAACCAUUCUUCUCGGUCUGUUCUACGACAUCCACCCCACCACUCUGGUGGCGUCCACGCUCUCGUCUAUUGUGGCCAACUCGGUCCCAUACUUCCUCUUCCGAUCACUGUCACCGUCCCACAACCCCAACACGGCGCCGAAGACGACUCUUCGUAACCGCCCCAUCUUGACCGAUCCAUACACCACGGUCGCCACGUCACUACUGGCAACAGCGAUCUUCGCUGUCCUGCUCGAGGCUAGUUUCGCGACCUUUCUGCCGAGCUGGCUUAUCACGCACUUCUCUGGUCUGCGGUCUCUCGAAAAGGCGCAUCUUGGAGCAGGAGGUCUCCCGAUACUGCUGCUGGCAUUGAUUCCCGCUGGUGUGGCAUCCAUGGAAUAUCUGUUUGCUCCGUCGACAGCCGCAGCGAGCACAGUGCCAGCCACGCCAGAAUUCGACCCUACGACAGCCGGCUUCGCGGGACACGUCUAUCACAACGCCUGGGGAUGGUACUCGCCGCGUCAAAAGUCCCUUAUCAGCCGAGCUGGACUCUUGGCGUACCUCAUUGUCGCUGAAACGAUUGUUCUUUUGUGGGGCACACUGAAGGGCAUCGAAUUCACUGGUGCCGCAGGCUACGCUGGUAUCUGGGGCGUGGGGGUUGUACUCGUCGGAGCAGCGUUGGAUUGGGUCGGUGGACCAAGCGACUAA